AUGAGAAAAUUCCUUAGUCGGCGUGAGAGAAGACACAGCUUGGUCCAUGGUAAGCACGGAAAGCACAAGGUUCAUGAUAGUGUUUCGGAACUUGAGAGUCUUCAAGAGGAGACUUCGUCGAUUUUCGGCUCAUCUUCUCGAGUGAGCAAAAGAGCCUCGGUGAUUGCCGAGAAAGGACUGAAUUUCUUGAAGCAGGACGCUUCUUCCAAUAUUUCAUCCGGAGGUGAUGAUUCACAGGAGCAGGGAUCUCAUCGAACCGGAAUUUUUCAUACGCUUUCAUCCAAAAAGUCCUCAUCAGCCUCUUUAUUUCACCAGAAUGUCACCGAUAACAAUCCAGUCCCCAGGCAAAGACAUGGAGUUCAGAAGUUAGUGGAUCCGGAGUGGGAUGUGACCACUAUCAAGUGCGAUUGGCUCAAUAUUGUCGAUGAGAACUCCAAGGAUCCAGAGCAUCUAAAUUUGUGUCGUGCGGAACUUAAAGGCUCCAUGCUUUACGUGUAUCGUCCACCACAGGAGCUGGCUGCAGUUUCACAUUUUGUUGAAGAUGAAGAUGAAGAAGCAAAAACCAUGGUCUCUACUUCUGGCGAUGCCGCUAGUGCUGCUAUUGCAGAUUUGAAGUCCAAUGCGGAUACAUCAUCUUUUAACAACCAGGAUGAUAUCCAGAAGGAAAUUAAACUUCAUGCACUGGCUAUUGCUGAGAAUGCCGGGGUGAACAAGUCGAAUACCAACUCUCUGCCUAGUAGUGUUACUGCAUCACCAACAAAAUCGAUGCGUUACGCUCCAACGCACGAUAUCAAGUCAAUUGACAACAUGAAGAAGCUUACACAGAAGCUUGAGAGCAUCUCACUAUCUGAAGGUGCGCUAGGUGAGCAAAUUAUGAAUAUUCACCAACUUGAGAGAAACAUCACUGAACAGAAGAAGUUUCUCACGGAAAACAAGCCGACCGUUCAACAUCACGCAUCGCAUUCAUCUGUCAACCUAGAAUCCAUUGAUUCCAACCACCAGAAGGGAUGCGAAAUUCCAUCAUUCGUGAAAAUUAAGUAUAGAUCAUGCAUUUGUCCGCAUCCAGAUCUUCACUUUGAGGAUCAGAAUGGUACCAUUUUGGGCGGAACAAUCGAGAGUAUUUGCCAUACCAUCGCAUUUUAUCCAUCACAGGAUGUUGCUGACAAGCUUAUAAACAUUCUCCCAAUGAUCUCGCCUAUAGAGAUAUCUCUUCUCUAUUUUGAAACUUUUCUAAAGAUGUUUAUUAGCGAAUCCGCCGGCCCAUCUCUGAACGAUCGCUUUGGAUCUCCAGAUCAUCCAGAUAUGUCCGAUAAAAUGAUGGUAAUUAUCCCGUUUGAAUCACGCGAGAUCAUGGUUUCUCGGAUAUCUGACUGCUUGAAGGCUAUUACGGAGCAGUUUUGUGGAAUAUUGCUUGAUGAGUCUGCUCUUAGAAGUGUGUGGAACGUUCUUGUGAUGCUGGAUGAAUUCUGUGACUGCAACGAGCUCAAACUCGGAAUUCACAACAGACAGAAGACUCUCAGGCAGUUGACUGACUUUGAGGAUUUAGACAUUGGCCUGUCCUUGGAUUCACUCACUGCCGAUAAGUUUCUAUCUUAUCCGAUCCACAUUUUGGCUUAUGAGAUCAAUUCAUUGGAUCACCAUUUCUUAGAUUCGUGGAAUCCACGGUCGGAUCGUUCCUUGUCUCUGGAUAGGAUACAUUCUAGCUACAGCUAUUGGAGAAAGAACUUCCUUAUUUUUGACGCCAAUAACGAUCUCCACUAUCUUGCCAGGAUCAUUGCACAUCAUUUGUUUGAAGAUUUUUCCGUGAAAUCCAACGAAUCAAAGAGAGCACAUGUACUCGAGAAGUGGGUUUUACUCGGAGAAUAUCUUUACAGAAACGGGAACAUGGUGAGUUGGCUUGGAAUUGCCUCGUUCAUUUGCUCGGUACCUAUUCUUAGACUGAAGAGGGUGUGGUCGUUGAUAGAUGGUAAAACAAUCGAUAUGGUUCGUUCUUCGUGGGCACCAAUCAUCUAUGAGGUUCGUCAGCGGUUAUCCGUCAAACCGUUUGUUAUUAGGUACCGCGUACUUGUUCCUGCUGGGAUCGGAAGAGACUAUGCCAAGAAAGAGGUCAUUCCUUACUAUGGUGACAUCAGAUUUUCCACAGAUCAUGGUAAUGACACCUUGCCGGGUGACUUUGUUCGCUCGUUUUGCCAGUUUAGCCAAAAGGCAGACUACUCUGUUUCCAAGUGGGAUGAGUUUUAUAAUGGAGUCAGAGACUCAAGCUCUGCAAAGGCUUUGGGAUCUUCGACUGGUGAAUGUGGUCGUAUGAAUGCUGAACUUGCUCGAGAUUUAACACGUGCUGUUUCCUACAGAGUGAAGCAUCCACCUUACUCUCUCAAGGAUACGUUCAAGGAGUCUUUAGAGGCUGAGCCUCCCUUUGAUGGUCAGUAUUUCCGGUAUCACAACGAGUCCCGAAGCCCGCUCUUUUUGGGAUCUUAUCCAUCCAUAUUGUUCCCCAAAGUUCUUGACACGUACGAGAUAUACGAUCGCAAGUCGUUGAUUGGUGCCAUUGGGGGUCUUGACUUGGCACAGAACGUUUUGAAGAAGAGCGCAUCCAACUUAUCGAGUGUGAUGAAAAGCGAUACUAUUAAAGGUGAACGUCACAGUUCGGAGACAAUGAGGAACACCUUCUUGAAGCAUAUCCGGGAUCUCUUCAACAUUGAUACGUUCGAGUUUCAGGAGGGCGAUGAUUCGAUAAUAUUCAAGUGUGUUUUGGAACUUUCCGAGCGGAUCGAAUCGCAUGAUUCCAGACGUACAAGCAAAUCAAGACCAUCCAGUAUUCUAUUCACGGAGAAUAGCAGCACCAAGAGAUUCAGCAGUUAUUCAACAAGCAGCUUCAACUUGGAUAACUAUCUCAGCUCAUACCAGAGUCAUGUUAGGGAUUCUUUGGAGCGCGACAGUAUACAUACUUCAAGCACGUCUUCACGCGUUGUUGAUUCUGAAUCCAACGCAUAUAACCAGGAUCAACUAACGGUACCAAUUCUUGCAAAGGCUGCUUCAACAGAUCGGUUGAUUGACUUGUUGGUGUUAACUUCGUCUAUAUUUAGCUCUAGAAUUAAGGAGGAGGAAUUGAGGCAGUACGCUAACUCCACAUCCACAAGUCCAAGGUUGGUUUCUCUCAAGAUGGAUCAGGGCACGUUCACCAUUACCUUCUUCGCUGUUUACAGGUGCUUCUGCUCUCCAUACAAGUUGAUUUGUGGUCUCCGUGAUAGAUUUGAUGGGGCACAAUCCUGCGCACUUUCGAUAGAUGCAUCUAAAUCUAGAAAGACGAAGAAUGGUUCUGAAGGGGUUGCUGGAUCCAAGUUUCAGUUUCCAAACUGGAGUAACGUUCUGAAUGAAACAGAUUCGGCAAAGGUUAAUUGGAAAUUCGUCUCUCAGAUACAGCUUGGUGUUGUUGAAAGUCUUCACACUCUUUUUGAGUUUUACUUCGACCAUUUUGUGGAUGACUUAAACACUCGUGAUCUGAUCGAGAACUUACUGGAGCAGAUUGAGGUGGAGAUUAAGAUAAAAUGGAAGGAUGUUCUGAAGUCGUUGAGACGGAAGAGGUACGAUAGAGAAUUCAUUGGUUCGAUUGAGAAAAUCUUGAAAGAGAUGGAGCGUUCCUUUACGGGUACCUGCGAGCAAUAUUUGAAGAAUUGUUAUUCACCUAUGAUUAAUGCUCCAAUGCUUAAAUUUACAUCGCAGUUAACUAAGAUCCCAGAGGAUAGAAAGUUACCAGACUGGAGAAAGAAUGAAAAAGUCUUGGAAUUUAUUGAAGGUCUGGAUGACACCAUCAGAAGAAUCACGUCAGAUAUUACGAUACAGGAUUGGAUAGAGUCGUUUUCAAUUCUUGAAGUGUUGACCGCUAAAUCGAAUCUCAGCUUGUUCAAUUAUGAUGUUCAGAGUUUGGAUACACCAGAUGAGUUGCUCGGCAUCUCUAACAUAUAUCAUUGGAUAGAUACCUUGGUUGAUGUUGAGAAGAGUGAUGACCAUAAGGACAAGAAGUUGUACUUUGUGAUUGAUAAGUUCCCAUUGACUGUUAAAGCGAUAUUCCAGUUUUAUGUCCGGCUUAAAAAUUACUUUUCCAUACAGAUUUGUGAUCCAGCAUUGCCUCAGGAGGAUCGAAUUGAAGUCAUGGCUGCUGUUUUGAAGAUUCUGUCGAUUUGCAGGACUUCGAUGGAAGAUUUGAACUUGUUCAAGCUAAGCGAUACUGAUGAAGAGUGUAGCAUUUCACCAAGGGUUCCGUCGCUCAUUGAAUCAUGUCUUUCGAACAUUCUUGUUUCUCCAGAAAGUAGAGCUUUUGGGGCGGAUUGGGUGAGUGCAGCCAAGCUUGUGGAUCCUGAAAAGUCUUCGUACACCUCCUUUGAGACAAUCGAUGACUUGAUUCCUAAUAUUGACUCCAUAUCCUCUGAGGCAUUGGACUAUGAUCCUUUGACACCUUGCCCCGGUUGGAUUAUGCAAUGCCUUCUUUCAGUUACCUGUUUUAUUCCAAACAUGUAUGUUAAGAACACAAACUUGGUGAACUUCGACAAGGACAGGUUUGCCUACAAUUGUGUUGUUAAUAGUGUCACCAUGGUUCCGAAGUCCACUUCAAGGCUCAAUGGUAACUCGAAGUUUGAAUUUUUACUACACUUUGCCGUGCGGCCUUUGGAUUUAAAAGCAAUAUUUGAAUCUGCUCGAACUGAGGGUAAUUCCUUGGGACAAGGCUCUUUAGAGCUCUUUUCUUCGUAUAUAAAGGAGCAACGGAAGUUACUUUCCUUAGAGGCAACUAAAAAAAGCCUCUUUUUGAGGCAGAUCAUGAAGAUUCCCGGACGAAGAGUUGAUGCGGAGAAGUUGAGCGGCAAUGUUGAUACUACGAUGCAGCACAGAUUAAAAUUGUCUGGUUACAAUUCAAACUCGGUGAGUGGUUAUCCUAUAGCUACUAGUGAAACCCGUCAAAAUUUUAUGGAAAGCAGACACAAGACUGGUGCAAGCAUUAGCAGUGCUGCAAGUUCAAUUAUGACCACUGGAUCUAAAGCUGGUCGUUUCAGGUUUGGCGGGUUAUUCAGCAGAAAAUCCCACAGUUUGGGUCUCAGCAGAAGCUCCAUCACUAUUCCGGAUACUGCAAAGAAGCCUCUGGCAAUACGUGAGCUACCAAGUGCUGCAACAUUUUUGGCUGAGCGCAAGCCAAAGAUAUUGUUCACGGUGAACCUCAAAGAAUUUUCGGUGUUUGCCACUUACGUGACGGACAAUAGUUUCAAGCUUGACUCGGGAAACAACUCAGCUAAAGAGUACUGCUUCCAAGCUCCCAGUGAGCCUAUUAGGGCUGAGUGGUUGAAAUUGAUUAAUUAUUCACACCGGCAUUGGUUCUUUUCGCAUACCCUAAAUAGACCAAGUAUGGGUGUGCCAAACAAUAUGGUGUUCGGAGUUCCACCGGAGUUUGUUUGCAUGAGGGAGGGAAGCGUUAUCCCUAAUAUCAUAGAGAAGAUACUCAGUGAAUUGGAGUACAGGGGUCUUGAAGAGGUUGGACUUUAUAGAAGAAGUGCUUCUUUGGCUGCCAUUCAAAAGAUUAAGGAUAAGAUCAACCAUAUGGGAGACUUCAAUAUGGAGGAUCAACUGGUUUUUGAUGUUCAUAAUUUGACCGGAUGCAUCAAGUGCUAUCUAAGAGAGCUUCCAGAUCCCCUGAUUGGUGAUGCCAUUGUUGGCGAUUUUCUUGAAGUGAAAAAACUAUCAAAAGAUGCAGGCAGAAUUGAUGUGUAUCGGAAUAUCUUCAAGAAGCUUCCAGUAUACAACUACAAUCUUCUCGAGAGGAUUAUUCGGCAUUUAAAGCUUGUUGUUGAGUAUCAGCAGUUUAACAAAAUGACACCUUCGAACUUGGCAACCAUUUUGGGAGGGAGCUUGAUUGAGGGAUGCGAUCCAGAAAACCUUCGUAAAUACUUUGGACUAAUGACGUUUGUUUGUGAGGAUCUUAUAGUGAACUACGAGAAGGUUUUCUCAAAAGCUGAUGAGUCUUUGGACACACUAGAGGCUGCAUAUUGA